AUGUGCUCCAAGGGCAUUGGCUCACGUUUUGAGGAGCAGCGUCUGACGCUGCGCAUACAUCGCGGACGUGGCUCCAACCAGCAGGACUCGAUGCACAGCAAUGGCAGCACACAGAGCACCACAACCACACUAGGAACGCCCUCGCCGGAGCGUCUGAGCAAAUAUGCGACGCGAAGACUGCAUCAUCAACACGACAAGAUCAAGAUAUCUGUGUCAUAUCCAUCUAGCGAGAAUAUCAACGAGCUGACGCAGCCGGAGCCGACUCAUGAAUCGCGGCGCACCUCCAGCAAUGCCCUCUUCUCCGUACACUACAAUGGCGCCCAUGGACGCGAGUCCACAGAAUCGCAACUGUAUAGGCAGCAGCAUCAUGGCGGCAGCACGUGCUAUUUACAGGUCAGCAAGGCGCUGCCUGAGCUGGCGCGACGCCAGAGCAACAGCAGCGAGGUUGGCGGCGUUGUGGGUCAUCCGCGAGCCGCCAACAAAAAGAUGGGCAGACGGAAUAUCAAGGCGCAGGUGAAGCGUUUUCGCAUGGAGACGAAGGCGGCAAAGACAUUGGCCAUUAUUGUGGGCAUGUUCAUCUUCUGCUGGUUUCCGUUCUUCACGAUUUAUAUAAUCAGACCCUUCUGUCAGGACUGCGUUGAUCCGCUACUCUUUUCGGUGCUCUUCUGGCUGGGUUAUUGCAACUCGGCGGUGAAUCCUAUGAUAUAUGCGCUCUUCUCUAAGGACUUCCGCUUUGCAUUCAAGCGGAUCAUAUGCCGAUGCUUCUGCUCCCGCCAGAGUGUUUCCUUGAAGAGCUCCCGGCGUGGCUCCGACAUGUCUGCUGUACGCAUUCAGGGGCGCACGCCCAGCAUUACGCCCAGUGCAGCGGCACACAGCUUUGGCGAUGAGAGCGAGCUACAUCAUUCCCAUUCGGAGCUGGGCAACGAGUCCAGAUGA